AUGGGGUCUUGGGCAGAUGCAGGCGACGAAUUUUCCGCUCCACCAGAUAUAAUAAGCAACCCCGAUGGAACCAAGACAGUGAUAACAUUCAGGACCAAUCAAGAUGGCAAAAAGGUCAAGGUCACGCAAAGGAUCCGAGAAGUCGUAGUUCAAGAGCGAGUCCAUCCGUUAAUCGCCAAGCGCAAGAACUGGGUCAAGUACGGCAAGGAGAAGAACAAGCCGCCUGGCCCCGACACAAGUACCACCCAGUUGGGUGAAAAAGUCGAUUUGAGAUUAGGUCUUUCUUGGAAGCAGAUUGAAAAGAAAGAAGAAGAAGAUAAGCAGCAAGAAAGAGCCUCGAAAGUCAGCGUACAGACCAUCAAGUGCAGAGUAUGUGGAGGCGAUCACUAUACUGCCAAAUGUCCGUUCAAAGACACCUUGGGUGCUGCUGCCGGCGUCACUCCAAGUGGAACCACGCCCGAGCCAAAUGCCGAUGGCGGUGCUUCUGCUGGUGGCGAUUCUGGCGCUGGUGGCAAGUACAUUCCAAGACACUUGAGACCCGACGCCAACGGCAACAUACCUUCCAGAGAAGCUAGAGACGACUCGACAACGUUGAAGGUGUCGCAGUUGAACAGCUUUGUCGACGAAGACAUGUUGAGGAACGAGUUGUUUGCUCGUUUCGGUCCAUUGGAAAGAGUCACCGUGGUCAGGAAUAGAGAAACUGGCGAAAGCAGGGGCUUCGCUUACGUGAGCUUUAUCAGCGAAGAAGUUGCGCAAAGGGCCUUGGAUUUGUUGAAUGGUAAAGGCUACCACUCGUUGAUUUUGCAUUUGGAAUGGUCAAAGAAGAAGAAACCAUUGUAG